CGCGCCGCGAACACAAACUCGCCGCUCACCGCAAAUGCUCCUGACCUUUUCGUCUUCGUCUCUGCGACACCAACUCACCGUGUACAAAAUCCAGAGGCGUGCUCGAUCGCGCCGUCUUCAAUCGUAUACUCCCAGUAGCGGCGCAUCUCCCAGACGGCAGCCAUGGCCGACACACAGGAUAAUCGGCUUGGUGAGGAGGAAGAUGACGAGGAGGAGAUUGAUGACGCCAGCUACAAGACCAUUAGAGAUGCCGUUCUCUUCGCCAUCGACAUCAGCGCAUCUAUGCUGGAACGCCCACCGCCGUCAGACGACAAGAAAGCCGAGCGCGAUUCCCCCGCCUCUGCUGCCCUUAAAUGCGCAUACCACCUCAUGCAGCAGCGCAUCAUCUCAAAUCCAAAAGACAUGAUGGGCAUACUUCUCUACGGUACUGAGAAGACGGACCUAAAAGAUGGGGACAACACAUUCCAACAUUGCUAUCUGCUAGCAGAUCUGGACGUCCCCAGCGCACAGGAUGUGAAGCAGCUGCGAGAUUUGCUGGAGAACGAGGAAGAGGCAGAAGAGAUCUUGAAGCCCGCGAAGGAGGCGCCCACCAUUGCUUCAGUACUGUUCUGCGCAAAUCAGAUCUUUACAACAAAGGCCCCCAACUUCUCCUCGCGACGACUCUUUUUGGUUACGGAUAAUGAUAACCCAGCCAGGGUAAAGCAGGACAAGGACACAGCGAUAACGCGAGCCCGCGACUUGUACGACCUGGAUUGCACAAUCGAUCUGUUUCCCAUCUCGAAACCCGACCAUGGCUUUGACCGGACGAGGUUCUACGAUGAUCUAGUAUACCCUACGUCUCCUUCGGACCCGGAUGCACCUGUAGCAAUAGCAACGACCACAAAAGUUGCAAAGAGUGGCGACGGUCUCACCCUUCUCAAACAGCUCCUAGCUUCCAUAAAUUCCAAAGCUGCGCCUCGAAGAGCACUGUUCAGCCUGCCUUUGGAGCUUGGCCCUGGUAUGCGAAUCGGAGUUAAGGGCUUCAUCCUAAUCAAACGUCAAGAGCACGUCAAGUCAUGCUAUGUCUGGGUGGGUGGUGAAAAGCCACAGAUAGUACAGAGCUCCACAUCACACAUGGCCGAUGAUACCGCUCGCGUAGUCGAAAAGACCGAGCUACGCAAAGCCUACAAGUUUGGUGGCGACACUAUCACUUUCACUCCUGAAGAGAUCACCCAGAUUCGCCAAUGCUUCGGUGAGCCCAUCAUGCGCAUCGUCGGCUUUAAGCCUCUUUCCCUCCUUCCUCUCUGGGCCAAUAUAGGCAAAGCGACCUUUGUGUACCCGUCUGAAGUGGACUUCAUUGGCUCAACACGCGUCUUUUCCGCCCUGCAGCAGAAACUGAUCAAGUCUAAGAAGAUGGCAUUGACAUGGUUCGUGCCCCGCAAGAACGCGUCGCCCGUCAUGGCAGCCCUGAUCCCGGGCGAAGAGCGCUAUGACGAGAACGGCGAGCAGACAAUGCCGCCCGGACUGUGGCUUGUACCGCUCCCCUUUGCAGAUGAUCUCCGCCAAUGCCCCGAGCAGCCUGCGGAGCCACGCACGACGGAUGAGUUGACGGACAAGAUGCGCAUCAUCGUCGAGCAGCUCCAGCUACCUAAAGGCGUGUACGAUCCAAGCAAGUAUCCUAAUCCUGACUUGCAGUGGUUCUACCGCAUCCUGCAGGCUAUGGCCCUCGAAGAAGAGGUCCCUACCAAGCCAGACGACAAGACGCUCCCCAAGUACAAGCAGAUCGACAAACGCGCGGGCGAGUACAUAACAGCGUACGGUGAGGAGUUCGAGAAAGUGUUCGCUACUGUCGGACACUCCGCGUUGUCCUCUCGUCCGAAGGCAGCAGCCAAGAAGCGCCCCGCCGCCGUUGCAGUGGACGACGAUGAAGACGAGCCGAAGCCGAAGAAGCGUGUUAAGAAGGAAGCGAUUGUGAAGGACGAAUAUGGCGACGAUGGCUUGACCGACCAGCAGAUGGCUGCUAUCAAUGACAAGGGACAGAUCAGUAAGCAGACUGUUGCUAUACUGAAGGAGUACUUGGGUGCUAGGGGACAGCCGAUCAGUGGGAAGAAGGCGGAUCUUAUAGAGCGCGUGCAGGACUAUUUGGAGAAUAAGGGACUGUGAAUGAGCGAAGGAUACUUGAGUGGGACGGCGUUCAGGUGUUGGAUGGGACUUACAUGUUUCGUGUGAGGGUAUCGUCCCUGUAUGAAUGAUGAACACGAAUCUGCUUGAUGACACACUCUCC